AUGAAGCUCUCAUCCAUCUUCUCGGCCGUUGUCGCCGCCCUUGCUACCACCGUUGUCGCCUCUCCCAUUGCAAAGCGUGACGGAGCUGCUGUCGUCAACUCUGUCAAUACCAUCUCCCAGCAGAUCACCGACCUCGACAAUGUCGUCAAGUCCUACACCGGCGGCUUCAUCACCCCUAUCAAGAUCCAGGUCAAGACUAGCAAGUUGACCUCGGGCCUCAAGGAUGCCAUCAAGACCGUCCAGGAGUCCGCAAAGUUCAACGACCAGGAGUCCCAGGCCGUAGCUACCGCAUUCGUCCAGCUCAAGCCAAAGAUCGAUGCUGUGCUCGCCUCCCUCGUUAGCAAGCAACCAAUCUUCAAGAAAGGCAUCCUCGGCGUCCCACUCGACUGGCUGGUGAGAAUCAACCUCCAGCAGCAAAAGGACCUUUCGGCCAAGCUGGGAGACGAGACUGUGCUCAAGCUGAACGAGCAGUUUGCCAAGUUAGCUCCCUUGAUCAAUAAUGCCAUUGCCGAGGCUUUUGCUAAGGCGAUUGCUGCUUUCUCUUGA